GCCCAGGACUAAACAUCUUGGCUGGCUGGCCAUUUGCCACAAAGGACCCUGAGAAAUUGAUCUUCAAUGUGCUAUCAGGCACAUCAAUGUCAACCCCGCAUCUGAGUGGCAUUGCUGCUCUGCUCAAGGCUGCACACCCCAACUGGUCGCCAGCGGCAAUCAAGUCAGCCAUGAUGACCACGACGAAUGUUCUAAACAAUAAGGGAAAGCCCAUAACAGAAUACACCGGCGAACUCGCCAAUGUCUUCACAAUAGGAGCAGGCCAUGUAAACCCCACCAAAGCAACUAAUCCUGGCCUAGUUUAUGACAUUGAUAUGGAUGAUUAUAUACCUUUUUUUUGUGGUUUGGGUUACAGUGCCACGGAGAUACUGACCAUUACAGAAAAGCAGGUCAAUUGUUCUAAAAUAACUAGUAUCUCUGAAAGGGAUAUCAAUUACCCAUCUUUCUCUGUGGUUUUCUCUCCCUCCGGGCCUUCUUCUUUUAGCACUAAGAGGACAGUAACAAAUGUCGGAGCUGCAAACUCUUCCUAUGAGGUGGAAGUGGUCGAACCAAAUGGUGUGAGCGUGAAGGUGGAGCCUAGCAUGCUUUCAUUUAUGCAGGUGAACCAGAAGCAAACAUAUCAAGUCACAUUCUCAAUUAGGGGAGCUCAGCCUUCAUCUGUCUCUCAGGGUCAUAUAAAGUGGUUUUCAGGCUCCAAGUACCAGGUUAGGAGUCCCAUUGCCAUCUUUGCUACAUAAACAGAAAACAGGGAGCUAUAUUUC